AUGCCCAGACCCUUCCUUCCCUUUGUGACGCAGCUUUCGAAAACUUGGGAAGCCUGUGAUGCACGGAUCAAAUUGCUGUCUUGCUGCAGCGUUAAUGGAAUCAUAGGGGAAUGGUGAGUGUUCAGACCAAGUUCCCUUUUUUGUAAACAAAAAUUUUGAUA